UCAUAUUAAUUUCACUUCAAUUUCGUUCCAGUCGCUUAUCAGUGUGGUCGUCCGCCGUCGUUAUCAUCGCGCCAGUCGCCCUAAUAGACAUUUCUAUUCAAAUAUAAUAAUAACAAUAUUCAAUUUUCGUUUUGUUUAAGUGUUGUAUUACAACUAUUGUGUUACAUUUCGUGUUUUUUCUAAAUAAAAAAAUAUAUACAUAUGAUUUUUAUUUUUUGAAAAACCGACCGCGUCAAUAUUGUUUGUUUUCCGUUUAAUCCCAGUUCCGAUUUUGUUAAUCGUCGGUUUUGUUAAUAUCUGUUGUUGUUCUUAUUUACACCGCGACCUAAAUCAUCGUUCGACCUGUAUUUUUCAAUUUGUUUUUUUUUUUACGUGAUCGGAGGCGGUACUCGCUUUAUGUCCAGAGUCACAUCGGUCCGGCGGAUGAGUAUAGCCAAAACGAAAAAUUUCGUCUUCGCCGUAGCCGCGCGCCUUUACAAGGUCUUCGCCGGCAAAAUGGGUGUAAACGGCACCGUCGACAAACAGGGUUUGGCUCACUGUAACGAUAUGUUCGAAAUGGCUACCAGACUGUGUCGAGGGUAUUUGCCGGGUCACUGGAAGAAGAUUACCGCCAAAGACAUAUCCGUCAAAAGAAUCAGUGGCGGUCUAAGUAACUGGCUUUACCAAGUGACAUUGUUGAAGGGUAACACUGAGCCUCGUGACGUAUUAAUGAGACUUUACGGUCAGACACACGGGGAAAACGCUAUCGAAAACAUAAUCACAGAGUCUGUAAUAUUUACAUUGUUGUCAGAACGGGGUUUGGGACCUAGGCUGCACGGAAUAUUUCCCGGAGGCCGACUAGAAGAAUACAUACCGGCUCGGUCUUUGAAGUCUGAAGAGUUGAGCGAUCCGAAAUUGAGCCUUAUGAUUGCAGAAAAAAUGGCCGACCUACAUCAGCUGAACAUUCCGAUCAACAAAGACUCAACGUGGUUGUGGGACACAAUGGAGAGGUGGCUGCAGCAGCCAGUUACCGACUGCAAUUGGUCUAGGGACAACAUCCAAUUGGAUCAGAUUUUGUCGAUAAACCUCUCAGAUGAAAUGCGUUGGCUAAAGAAACUUCUGACGAAGUUAAGGUCACCUGUCGUGUUUUGCCACAACGAUUUGCAAGAGGGUAAUAUCCUGAUGAAGGAAAAUGACAUAACCGCUUGUCGAUCGUUGUGCCUAAUCGAUUACGAAUACUGUGCGUAUAACUAUCGCGGCUUCGAUAUCGCCAAUCAUUUUAUCGAAUGGAUUUACGACUACACAAACACUAAGUAUCCACAUUAUUCCGUCAACCGAGAAUUGUACCCAACAAAAGACCAACAGGUCGAAUUCCUCAAGAGGUACUUACAGUGUAUGGGAAGCGAUGAACCAUUAGAAUUGAUUCUAAACGAAGUACGUCAUUUCGCAUUGGCAUCACAUUUGUUUUGGGGAAUAUGGAGUGUCGUCAACAGCCGUACCUCGAAAAUUACAUUUGGCUACAGGGAAUAUGCAGUAGAACGACUUUCAUCAUACUUCAAACUCAAAGAAAAUUUAGUUAAUAAUAUAUAACAUAAUGUUACUAUUACAAGUACUUAUAAUAAUAAAUAAAAAAGCAAAAAAAAGAAAAAA